AUGAAAAAGCAGGGGAGCCCUCAGGUGGUUUUGACAGAUGCUGGUCGUGGCCAGGUAAGUGUGCAAGUAGUGCUGUCGGGCGAUGCAAAAUGCGAAUCUGUCAACACCGGACGAGUCAGGCUUGGCGGCAGAGGCUGGGUGCCAAGAGGGGGCGCUAAGAGCAAGGCAUCUAAAAGGGCGUCAGGACACUGGGUGCCAGAAGUAUGGGCUAGUACCCAGGAGCAGGUACCAGAUCCUUAG